AAAAAUUUUCGCCCACAAGAGUGCUCGAACAUUGGAAGAGGGUGUGAAAAGCCCUCAUAAAUUAAUCUGUUUGCUUAUCAGUACCACACGUUAGUAUCUGAUGGUUAGUUUGGUUGUAUUUUUUAAUUACUAAAUUUCUCGAGAAAUAAAAUUAGAAUUUGUUUAAGUUGUUCAAUUGAGCGUUCGAUUUACCUUUAAAGGAAAAGUGUGAGUCCACUGACAGACCCAGUGAAGUGAUGCUUAAAAGAUACAAAAAUCUGCAAGGUAAAAUCAGCUCCGGUUUUGAGUGACGAUGGACGAGAAGAUAGAACUUGAAACAUUAGAGCUGCCAAACAGUGUUCAAAUACAUAUUCAGCAGAUUGUGAAGCAGAAUUCAAGCCUCUCUAGUCAGUACGCUAAAGAGUUAGGAACAGUUCUGACAACCUUAGCGGUGCUGCCCUUCAAAGACGAAAUACAACGGGAGAGUUUCUUUGAUAAGAUUCAGAGUUUACAGGGUUACCACAUCAUUGAAAUUUUCAAUGUAGGAAUUGCUCCACGUCAAAAAUCAGCAAGAGAAUCUUCAGUCCAAAUUCUGCAAGAUGUGACGAAGCUUUUCGACAUCUGUGCAUCUUUUUGCUACACCAGAGAGGUUCCGAUGCGAAUCUCUUUUGACCUUUACCUAUGUGCUUUGAAAUUCUGUUUUCCCCCAGAUAACGAGCAAAGCCUACCAGUCACAGUUGUUUCCCUGUUGCUCGAACUUGUGCAGACUUUUCAGCACAGAAGAAUUAAAGCUGAGCUGGAAUCAUCGUCGAAUUUUAAAAUGUUCCGCAGACGUGAUGUUACUACUAGCGAUUUCUUUGAAAAAAUUCUUGAUCUUUUUGAAAGGAGGCGACACGAUGGCUACCUCUUAGAAAUGAUUAAUCAAACGGUGAGGCUUGCUACUGCUGAUGAAAAACUUGCAAUUAAACUAGUCGAGGAUGCGACAUCGCAAGGCGAAAAAACGCUUUCGUCUUUCUUGUUGGUAGAGUGGAUGAAGCUUCUGGAAUUAGCAAAUGUUAGCAGUGGUUUCGCCGUUGCUCUGGGAGAGAUUGAUCUCUCCGGAAAGAAAAUCGAACCAUUCUUUUCAGGUAUAGUCAGAUGUCAAGCCUAUAACUAUCCAUACCAAUCUACCAUUUCAUACUUUUGGAAAGUUUUGUUAGAGAUCAAUAGAAACUGUAGCGACUUGAGUAUUCCUAACGACAAGGAUAGGAUGGAAAUAUUCUUCAGUCAUGUUAGUCAGUUUUGUGUCCAUCCUAAGAUUGCUUCAUUAUCACUCCAGUUACUAGCGGCAAAAAGUAUUUCAAAUGACUUGUUGAGACAAACUCUUGAAGUAUUCCUUCACAAACAAAGACAGGAAACUGACUUUACUGUGAAAGCGACUGAACUUGUUUUGAAAGUUUCACUACUACGUCCAGAGGGUGAACUUUUGAAAGAGAUCAUGGAAUUCUGGAGCCGUGCUUUUUCAGAUGAUCCAAGGCCAGCAACUCUUGUGUGCUUGUUGGCUAUUUUCGAGGAAGAUCCAAAUAACGAAAGGAAAACGGCCAAGAGGAUACUUAAUUUCCUAGAACGACUCCGUCGCCCUAUAUUACUCUUGAUGCCAUUCUGGCAUAAUAUCUUUCAUUUUCUCUUAAAGAUAUUUCCAAACACUUUUGACUCACGCCCUGAGGUGUUAGCGCUGAUCCAAGAAGCGGCUGAACUGGCAGGGAAAGCAGUGCAGGGACAAUAUCAAUUAUAUUUCGCCAACAUUCAGGUACUAACUUUCCAAUUUUUACAGUGGGUUUGUGAACAAGACUGCACAGAGGAAGCCAAGAACGAGAUGAUUUUGCUUCUUUCUUGUAUUACUCACAGUGAAAUAGCGAACCACAGAUUGGCGACCACACUUGAUAGAGAAGUUCUGAUAACCCUACUAUUGUGUAAACAAUUAUCAUUUAUUUCAAAGGAGAACGUUGUUCGUGAACUUAUGUCUUUAGACCAACGUUUACAGGAACCGGAUCAGCGAACUCUAAAAUUAUCUAUUGAAAGCAUCGCAUCAAGUCCUGAAUGCACAGAGGAAAUGUUUUGUGAAAUUUUUGCUCUUGUUAAGAAUUUUAUUGAUGGAAAAGGCCCCAAAACUACAGCUGAACUCUUUUUCCAAACUCUGUUAUGGUUGUCGACAGUGAUAAUCUCUAAUAACAGAAGACUUAGAGUGAUUAGGAACUUCUGGAACGGUGAAUCUGAAACUGGUUUCAAGAUUUCCAGGUUCAUUUUGCGGCUUAUGAAAAUACAAGUAGUUUUCCUCAUAGAAGGAGGAGAUGACUACUUUGAUCUUCUGGUUCGUAUAGUUUUUGAGACUUUUAAAGGCGAUUUUGGUCUAUGUGAACAGCUGUUUUGUGCCUUGAAGCCUCAUGUUCGGCUUCCCUCAUCAUUUGUUUUAAAAGUCUGGACUGCUGCUGUCGCUGGGUUGAUAUCCUUAGGGCUGUAUAAGAAAGAAAUUGACUCGUUUUGUUGCCUUCCUAUUCUUCAAAGCGCACAGGGAUUUGAUUCUUCAUUUGAAACUUUGCAACUUCUGUUUUUAGCGAGAUCAACAGCUCUCACCCUAUCAAGGCGCAACUUACGCAGCCGCACCGAAGCCUCUUCACAAACCAUGGAAAGAAGCAACCUCCUCGGGAACUUUGUAAACGCUGCUAGAACUAUCCUUGUUUCGGACACGUUGUCGACUAUGCAAAAAAUGCAAUUGGUUAGGAAAGUCGGCGAUGUUCUACUUUGUACGACUCAAAUUUCCACAACUUUGAUACCUGCCUUGGCGCGUCUAAUCCCAUACGUUUCUAGGACACAAUGUAACCUUCCCGGUACUGAGGGGAUCCAAGCGAAGGUUGAUCGUAUCAUCGCCAUAUUGAGUAAUCCGAAAUUGGUAAAUGAGCUCUCAAGAAUUCCACAAGCUGUCAAAACUGAUGAUCUUUUCCAAGCCGUGUCCAAGAAUAUGUCAGAUGUGUCUUCUGAACUGAAAUCAGUGGAAAUUCUCCUGUUUAUUGCCUCCUUGCAAGACUUAGGUCAAGAGUUAUUCAUACAUUUGUUACCUUUUAUUAAGGAAACCAUUGGCAAGUUCUCGUCAGUGGAGGACGUUCUAGAAGUUUUGAAAGAGCUGGUGCAUUU